AUGGCUCACAAGCGACCACGGGCCGCCUUCGAGGCAGACCUGCAAGCCCACCAGUCGCCCUUCGUUUUCUACGGUACCCCUCUCCCGCCCCUCGACCCAGAUACUCGCGAUGAUGGAUCCUAUGUGCCCGUGUGGAAGCAAACUGUGACGGAUGAGAGGGGUCGAAAGAGGCUACAUGGAGCGUUCACAGGAGGUUUCAGCGCUGGCUACUUCAACACUGUCGGCUCUAAAGAAGGAUGGACGCCCUCGACCUUUGUCUCCUCGCGGACGAACCGCCACAAAGACCAGGCGAAACCCGCAGAGCAACGGCCCGAGGAUUACAUGGACGAUGAGGACCUAGCGGAUGCCGCUGAAGCCGAGAAGCUCCAGACCAAUGCUGCCUUCUCUGGACUUGGAAGCACAAACGACGAGCUUAGCUCGCGGGACAUAUUCACCGGCCUAGGGAAAGCCGACGGAGACACAAUGGGAGUAAAGCUCCUUCAAAGGAUGGGCUGGAGGCAGGGUCAGGGGAUCGGUUCCAAGGUGCGGCGCAAAGCGCGUUUGGACGAAACAACAGGGGCAGACGCAGUGACGCAUCUCUUCGCACCGGACAACUCAAGAAUCAUCACCUUCACGAGGAAAAGUAAUCACAAGGGGCUAGGAUAUCAAGGAGAGGGUCGCUUGGAGAGCUCGGAGUCAACACCAAAACCCACGCGUCUUUUGAUAGAGCCAACGCACCACGACCCGUUAGCAGGACCGAAAUCCAGGAAGCAAAAGCAGAAAUCAGCGCCCAAAAAGAGCGGAUUUGGCGUAGGAAUCUUGAAUGAUACCGGUUCAGACGACGAAGAUCCCUACGAGAUGGGGCCCAAGAUAUCUUACAAUCGAGUCAUCGGAUCAGACAAGAAGUCGAAAAAGAGCGAAGUUGUUCGACCGACCGCCAAAUCUGCGAAUCCUCUCGUGACAGGCAGGCCAGUUUUUGUAUCAAAAUUUGCGUCUAAGCGUGUCACGUCAUCUACUAAACGCACUUGUCACGACGGAAGGCUGCCACUGACAGGUUUCAUUCUCGCCACUGAACAAUUGAGCCUUCAAGAAGCACCAGCGUUUGCUCCUCCCAAGAUACCACCGGAAUGGAAGUCUUCACGACAACAGAGCACAGUAGAAGCUUCACAGCCGGCAUAUCAAUCUGUCACGGACGCCGCCAAAGCUUCCUCACUCGAUCCUAAAGCUCGUGCGGCCCUACUCGGCGAGGCGGCACUUCCUGGGAAAUCCGUGUUCGACUACCUCAAACCAGAAGCGCGAGACCGGCUAGCAUCAGCAUCCGGCAAGACCAAUCUCCCCCAAGCACGAGGCGAGGCGCCUCCCGAAGGCUUCAGGAAGGAUGCUGCAACCACACAAAAGGAUCUGUGGAGCCUUGUUCCUGAACUACCAAAAGAUAUUGCUGCUGCUACUCUAGCGAAGGGCGCCGGAGGCUGGAUGCCAUACGCCGAUGACGAAGGAAAAAGGGCUCGAUACGUCCGGUUCCUUGAACUUCGUGCCAGAACAAGUGGCCGUAUGCCUGAGCGCAAGCCUGGAACAACAGUGUCCGACUGGGCGAAGGAGCUCCAGGAAUUCGUCCACGCGGCCAAAGUGUUCAAACCGAUUACGGGACUCAUGGCUUCCCGGUUUACCUCAUCGAGUUCCACCAUCCAGCCAUCCAGCUCGUCGAAUGGAGGUGGGGACAAACUGCUGCAUACGCCAGCCCCGAAGCCCCAAGAUCCUGCCGAGGAGGCUGCGAAAUUAGGAAUGUAUGGCCCAAUGACUCGCACCGUGCAGCAGUUCUUUCCUACCAGGCUACUCUGUAAACGCUUCAACGUGAAGCCCCCGGCUCACGUGCAACCGGAUCCCUCAACAGCACACGGCGACCAGGGCGCUUCCAGCAGCGCGAGCAGAACGCAAGAGCCUGUGUCGAAAGCGUCAAUUGACGAAAUAAUGAAGGAUGCAGCACUUCACAAUCCCAAUCUGGGCCUCUUGCCUGGUGAUGGCGCUGAAAUAUCCAGGACAACGCCCUUCAAGGAGGCAGUAAUGGACGUAGAGCGGAAUGAGGCGCUGGAGGGCGAGAAAGCGGGCGAUGCUGUGUUCAAGGCAAUCUUCGGCAGCGAUGACGAGGAUGAUGAGGAUUGAUGAGACGAGUAUGUAGGAUAUACUUCGAUUGGGCGACUAAUACAUUCAGGCUUUGCAAUCCUGUUUCGCUACCUUCCAUUCAAAGUGCUCGACGUUGACUUAGAUACGUACCGUCUCGUAAUCAUAGCUAACUGCUGUGAGCGGCUGUUUGAUGGUUAAGUCAAUUGAUCACCUUGGUUAAAGUGAUACUAGAAACAUUCAGAAAUCCUACUAGAUUCUGAGUUUGAAGUAGGAUUCGUUGUUGACAAGCAGUAAUAGGGACAGGCUGGACAAAUCGAAUACGCUAGAAUCUGUUCAUGCGUAUACUCCUUUAAUAUCUACCAAUUCCGUAUUCUCCGGCACGUCAACAGUCUAGAAACCGUUAGACUCCUCUUAAUCAGCGACUACUAUGCU